CUACCCCUCCCUCCAUGUCCCGCCAAAAUGUUUACCAUGGUAGCAAUUGUAAAUGAACCUACAAAUCGGUGAUCAUAUAAAAUAACUUUGUUGCCGGUGUCGUUUAUAGUCACAGUUUUUUUUUCUGUUCUUCCUAAAACAGUGUAAAAUAGUGUACCAUGACUGAUGAUCCGAAGUUAAGGUCGCCGUGCAGAGUAAAGUUGGAGAGGACCGUAUUACAUACGCCCGCAAAACAGUUGGCAUUAAGCGCAGAGCUGCGAAAUGUAAUCAACGAACGAAACAUCCUAACGAUAAAUUCACGUAAGAAAAUGUUAUUCGAACUUGAUCAACACGUCGCGAAGGUGAAAGAGGAUAAAAAACUAAACACUCUGCAAGAAAUACUCACUAGUGAACUGGCAUAUAUCAGCCAGAUUGAGAUAAUACAAGAUUUUUUUAUGAAACCCAUCAGACAUCAGCAGCUUCUUAAGUCAAAUGAGUUCGAGACUCUUUUUAGUAAUAUUAACUCUAUUUAUAAAGUGAAUGGGGCUUUGCUUGAAGAGUUGAAAAAGGAUUUGAUGUAUUUAACUGGUGCAUUUCAUAAGAUGGCUCCAUUUCUGAAGCUUUAUUCAGAAUAUGCUUUUAAUUUCAAGCAUUCCAUGGUCACUUUGGAUGAACUAAUGCAUAAGAAUAAGGCUUUCAGUAAGUUUAUUCAGGGACAGGAAACAAGGCCAGAGGUGCAAACCAAGUUGAGCUCUUUGUUGAUUGCUCCCAUCCAGAGAGUUCCAAGGUAUUGCUUGUUAAUUAAGCAAGUUUUGGAUAAUACUUCCCACAAAGAUAAUGAUUACAAGAUUCUUGAAGAAACAUAUGAAAAAUUGAAUGAUGUUGCUAAACAUAUUGAUGCAACUGUUCAAGAACGCCAAAAUACUGAAGCCCUUUUGUCCCUGGCCUCUAAAGUCAAGGAUGGAAAUACAUUGAUAAUUAAGCCAGGACGUAGAUUGAUAAUGCAGGGUGUAAUGAAUGUAUAUUCACCCAAAAAGGAAACUACUAAAAUUUACAUGAUAUUAUUUAGUGAUAUAAUCAUGUUUUGCAACAUAAAGAAGGAAAUGAUUGACCAACCCAAUUCUCUUAAAUGCAUGAGCAUUUUCCCACUAUCGAAAUGCAUAAUUUCCCAGAACGUGAACAUGAUGCUAGUGAUCCGUUGUGAAGAGGAGUCUAUGACACUUUAUUGUGACUCGGACAUAACUGAAUGGUUUACCAUUUUAAAGCAAACAUUGAGAGGUUUACAUAAGGAUAGGUCAACAUUAAGGAAGGGUAGUUCAUCGCGACGACCAGCUGUCAGGUUUCAUUUUGAGGCAUACAAAGACUAUGGAGUUAGUCCAAGCUUGAAAGGAAUGCGCAAAAGGAGGCGUUUUGUCGACAUCGAUGAUGAAGCCGAUGCUGGACCUCAGGAACAGCCAGUAAAGAGGACGAAAACAGUUGAAUGCCGAAAAUCAAUCCGAACGAUGAUACCCAAACUAGUAUUGAAUCCAAAGACAAUUUUAUGCGGUAAAAAAUCUAAAUCACUUAAUACAGAAAACAGCCCGAUAACUACGGAAACCACUUCGGAAAGUAUCGAAGAAAAUGACAACAAAGACCAGAGCGCUAAAAAGGACACCUUAUUUCCUCUCCGCGAACACUUUUUAGACAAAGAACGUGAACGUGAAGAUCAAGUUGAGAGCAGUAAUACGGUAAGUAACACAUCCGUUGAAGCCUAUCCAACAAAUGUAUUUGUAUUCGGAAGGAAUACAAAUCGUGCAAGUACAUUUUCCUUGGGGGGUAUGCUGACCGGGCUUUCGAACUCUAUUAAGAGAGUUAUGGGUUUUCGUUAAACCUUUGCACUAACUGAAAAAGAUGACUGUUGAAGCACCUUUUACAUAUGUAUUACAUAAUUUAUGUACGCUUCUUUGCGAUUGUGCCUAUAAUGACAAUGAAAGUAUUUUAUCAUUUUAAUUAUAUGCUAGUUUAUUCUACAUAUUUAUACAAAAAGAAAUAGUAAUUAAAUUUCUUUUACAACUUUUA